UACAGACAUUUCCCUGCGGUGAAUUAGACUGAAGAAACAGGGAACACUCAAAGACUGAACGUCUGCCUGUCAUUUUUGGAAGGAUGGCAACAUUCCCAAUGGAAGAACCCAUGUGCCUGAUAGAAAACCAGGAAAGUAAAGGACUAACAGUUAACCAGGAGGCCUUACAGAUCUUAUUGGGAAUCACUCAGCCUGUGGUGGUUGUGGCGAUUGUUGGGAAAUAUCGAACUGGGAAAUCCUAUCUUAUGAACAAACUGGCAGGAGGCAAGAAUGGCUUUGAACUCGGAUCGACUAUCCAGUCAAAGACUAAAGGGAUUUGGAUGUGGUGUGUUCCUCACCCUACCAAACAAGGACAUGCCCUAGUUUUAUUGGACACAGAGGGGUUGGGGGAUGUGGAGAAGGGAGACAGCAAGAAUGAUGCAUGGAUCUUCUCCCUGGCCAUCUUACUCAGCAGCUCUCUGGUGUACAACAGCUUGGGGACAAUUGAUCAACAAGCCAUGGAUAAUCUACAUUACGUGACAGAACUAACCGAGCGCAUAAAAGUGAAAUCACCUGAAGGACAAGCAACGGAAGAGGAUGAAUCUGGAGAAUUUAAAAGGUUCUUCCCAUCAUUCAUUUGGUGCGUGAGGGACUUUACGCUAAAGUUAGAGAAGAAAGAUGUGCCAAUCACCGAGGAUCAAUAUUUACUAGAUGCACUGGAAUUAAAGAAUGGUGUUAGCAAAAGGGUGCAAGACUACAACCUCCCGCGACGGUGCAUCCAACAUUACUUUCAUUCCCACAAAUGUUUUGUGUUUGACCGGCCAGCUUCAACAUCGGAUUCUCUCCAAAGACUGGAAGAACUCCAGGAAUCAGAAUUAGAGCCUGAAUUUGUAAAGAAAACCACAACGUUUUGUUCUUACAUUUAUGAGAAAUGUAAUGCUAAGGUUCUUGUGGGCGGAUACACAGUGACAGGGAGAUUGCUGGGCAAUCUGGCCGUGUCAUAUACAGAGGCAAUACGGAGUGGUUCUAUCCCCUGUAUGGAGAACGCAGUAAUUGCCCUGGCACAGAUUGAGAAUUCUAGAGCCGUGCAGAAAGCUCUGGCCAAGUAUGAGGAAGAGAUGAGCAAGAACAUUGGCAAAUUCCCUACAGAGACACAGGAAGAGUUUCUCAAUAGUCACCAGGAAUGUGAAAAAGAAGCAACAAAGGUCUUUAUGGGCCUUUCCUUCAAGGAUGAGAACCUGGAAUAUCAGAAACAGCUCAUUCAUGAACUGGCAGAGAAAAAGUCCAAAUAUUCUCUAUACAACGAAGAGGAAUCUGCCAAAAAGUGCAAAGCCAUUCUACAGAAACUGAGUGAGAGUCUGGAGAGAGAUAUAUCAGAGGGGAAAUUCUCCAAACCUGGUGGAUAUAAACAGUUCCUUGCAGAGAAGAACUCGCUGGUUGAGGAAUACAAUAAAACCAAUGACAAGGGGCUUAAAGCUCUAGAAAUACUACAGGAAUUUCUCACUGAAAAGGAAAAUGUAGAAGCGGCGAUUUUACAGGCAGACCAGUCCCUUACAGAUAAGGAAAAGGAAAUAGAAGAACAGAGAGCCCAGACAGAAGCAGCUGAGAGGGAAAAACAAAUAGUGGAGGAAAAGAACAGACGUUUAGAGGAAGAAAUGGAGAAUCAGAAGAAAUGCCUGGAAGAUCAUCAGAAAAUGCUAGAGGAGAAGAUGGAAGAGGAGAAGAAAAAGAUCAUAGAGCAAAACGAAUGGAUGAUAAAGGAGAAGCUAAAGGAACAAGAAGACAUGAUGAGUAAAAGAUUUCAUGAAGAAUCCGAAAUGCUGAAAGAGCAAAUCAAAGAUCUGAAGAAACAAAAUACUGCGGCUGGUGGUAGGUCUCUGGUUGGGGACAUUCUUGCCGCUGUUCUACUGCCCAUCGCAUUGGCAGGACAAAGCACUAAAACAUCAGAAACUGAGGAAUUCUGCCCUUCAAACUGUUAUGCAGGUAGAGGAAGAGGCUGCAAUAAAAGAUGCUGAACAAUCAGAUCAGACGAGAUGAAAUAGGAGAUACAAGUUCCCCUAUUUGAAGAGCUUCUGCUUCUGUAUUUUUUGUUGUUGUUGAAUUGUCACCGCUCAAGUGAUGAUUGUUUUGUGCGUAACAAAGAUUAUGAACCCUGUCCCUAUAGCUGCUUCGCAAAACUUAGAGAAAGACCCCAGUGUGGGAAAAACCCCUCUGCUGGAAAGUAUCACUUUGGAGCUCAGUGGUCUCUGUGUGCACCGGAAAUGCAAGUGAUGCAGGUGAUUCAGAGCUUGGCGUACUCUUUAGACUAUUUUAAUCCUUUCUCUGCAUGAAUUACAAAUGUAAAUCUCCCACAAGUGUCUACCCCUCGGCUUUGUUAUUAAAUAUCAUACAGUACAAAGUAA